AUGAAGAAUAUUGUCCUUGAGACGUACAACGGGAAGGUUGAUCCCAAGGAACACCUGCUAUACUUUAACACGAAGAUGGUGAUCAGUGCCGCUUCCGAUGCUGUAAAGUGCAGGAUGUUUCCGGCUACGUUCAAAGGCACUGUCAUGGCAUGGUUCACAAUACUGCCCCGAGGAUCAAUCACGAAUUUCCGUGACUUCUCAUCCAAGUUCUUAGUCCAGUUCUCGGCAAGUAAAACCAAACAAGUGACGAUUGAGGACUUGUACAAUGUGCGCCAGUCUGAGGGCGAGACUCUGAAGCAGUAUGUGAAACGGUUCGGCGCCGCGUCGGUAAAAAUAGAGGAGUCAGAGCCGAAUGCCUGUGCUCGUGCCUUCAAGAACGGAUUGCAACCUGGGAUGCUAAAUAGCAAGUUGAGUCGCAAGCCGGCCCGAUCAAUGGCUGAGGUUCAGGCGAGAGCAAACACUUAUAUACUUGACGAGGAGGACGAUGCUUUUAAGCGAAGGCGUACGAAGGUAGAGAAAGAUGGCGAUCAGAGGGAUGCAUCGCCAGAGGAUAAGCCGAGCACAGAGAAAGCGGAAGGGAGCAAGAGACGAGACAGAAAGAUGCGUACGAAUGAAAAAGCGCCGAGAGAACCAUUGUACCCCAAUAAGGAGAAUUCCGAGCGUCGCCGACCCUGGCAACAAGUAGACUCUCGUCGGCGAGAGGAGUCAGGGAAAAGUUUGAGUGCGCAUUUGACGGAGCUGCUGCGUGAGGUUAAGGCGACACAAGCAGUGGAGGAAGGCAAGAAAGAAACAGGCUCGCCCCGGGCGAUGUUAGAUAAGACCAAGUGGUGCGAGUAUCACCGCUCGGCGGGACAUGACAUUGGGGACUGUUUUACUCUGAAGAAUGAAAUUGAGAAGCUCAUCCGAGCGGGGCGGUCACAGCUGGGUGACCGUGAUGAUCGCUGGAGCGGGGAGCGGCAACGAGGGAACCGGUAUAAUGGGUCUCGCCAACAAGCUGAUCAUAUCGUGAUAUCGUCGGCGGAUUUUGAAGGAAUAAAGACGCACAAGGAUGAUCUCGUGGUUGUCAUGAUAAGGAUAAACAGCUUCAAUGUGCGGGGAGUUCUUCUGGAUCAGGGAAGCUCCGCUGAUAUCAUCUAUGGGGAUGCGUUUGACCAGCUAGGAUUGACGGAUAAAGAUCUGAUGCCUUACACAGGGACAUUGGUAGGUUUCUCGGGCGAGCACGUAUGGGUACGAGGGUAUAUCGAUUUGGACACAAUCUUUGGUGUCGAUGAGAAUGCCAAACUUCUUCGUGUGAGGUACUUGGUGUUGCAGGUUGUGGCUUCAUAUAACGUCAUCAUUGGGAGAAACACACUCAACCGCCUUUGCGCAGUGAUUUCAACAGCACACUUGGCGGUGAAAUACCCCUUGAUGUGCGGAAGAGUGGGGAAGAUCGUGGUGGACCAGAGAAGGGCAAGAGAGUGCUACAACAACUGCCUCAGCAUGUACGGAAAGAAAGGAGCUGGAGAGGGACACCGGUGCCACGAGGUGGAGAUUUUAGAAAGCAAACAAGACAGGUUGAGUGGGCAGAAGCAGGAGACAGAACAGACCCUCGACAGGAAGGAGAAGAGACAACGGGACAGUCGGAGCCAGGUUAAGCAAGAAGGUAAGGCAGGGCGAAACAGGCAAUUCACAGAUAUCCGGGCAAAGGAACGUUGGGCAGGAAUUAUUGACGACUUGGAAAGGUAUAAGUUUAGUAGGGGGUGCUGGCGAUCGAGCCUAGGCUCACGCCAGGGCAGGAGCGGCGAUUGGAGAAGUGGGUAG